CGCAAAUCUGUUCUUGUUGAAUAUUUCUUUUUCGAUAUGGCCUCCAAAAGGUUUUAUCGAAAACAAAAUUAGAGAACCAAAAAUCUACAAGAACAGAAUUACUGAAUGUGAUCGUCGUUCAUUGGUAAUUUGAAAGUACCGUGAGAAUUUUUCAUAGACUUGGGUCAACCAUGCAAAACUUUGAUGAUCUAGACAUAGAGGGACGCAAUCCCUCACAUUUAUCAGAAGCAGAUAAAGAAAAGGAAGAAUAUGAUCGAAAACGUUUAAUGAGAAGUAGUGUCACUGCUGAAGAUGGCACACUUAGACCUGUGUAUUCUGAAACAGAAGAUGGUGAUAUAUGGUGUCAUAUAUGUAAUAUUGCUUUAUUUGGAGCUCAUAAAUUACUAAAUCAUAAUACAUGUAAUCGUCACAAAAUGAAAUUAAAUGAAUGGCCAUAUCCAGUUUUAUUAUGGUCCAAACGAUCAGACAUUGUGAAAACAGCUCCACCUGUACAAUCAACUGCCAUUGGUGAUGGUUUGGCACCUGGAGAACCAGUACCACCUGGUAUGGAAGAUCAAAUAACUAGAACAACUACGAUUCAGAUGAGUCUGGAUCGACAUAGAAGUUCUCCACUUGUUGGUCUAGAAUAUUUACUUGAACUGGUUGAUAAUGAUUCUUGUGAACCAAGUUAUACAUGUGUUUUGUGUGAUAAACGAGGUGAUCCUCGCACUGUUAUGGCUCAUAUUGCCAGUUAUAAUCACAGAAUAACUUAUCUAAAUAGACAUUUUCCAACAAUAUCGCGAGCAAUUACGGAAUUACCGCGUACACCUAAUUAUAAACGUGGAGCUAAUGAAAUAUCUGUGUUAGUGGCUAAGAAGAUUGAAGAACGAUUUGGAAGAUUACAACCUCAAUUAGUAGACAAGAAUCAAUUUGAAAAGAAUAAAAUGCAGUAUAUCAAGAGGGUCUAUCAGGAUUAUCAUUUUAGGGAAACGCCAGAGUUAACAUUUAUGGAUGUUUACGAUGUGCGAUGGGUAACAAACUUUGAAGAGAAGAUGGCAGAAAUGACUGGUAAUAGUAAUUCAAAGAAAGAUUCUCAACCUACCGAUGAGAAGCAAGACGAUAAACAUAAAAGUGAAGAUAAGAAAAUUGAGAAAUCAUCUCCGAAGAAAACAGAUUCAAAAUCAGAUACUACUAAAUCGGGUUUCAAGAUCCGUAUUCUCACGAGGGAUAAAUUAAAUAUCCGCAAACCUUUAGAUAAAGAUGAAGAAAACAUGAAAAAAUCCCCCAAACGACCCUCUGACGAGACGAAAUCUCUCUCGUCACUUUCGAGUAUAUCAAGUAGUCCGUCGCCAUCGCGUUCGAGAUCACGAUCACCUAUUCGUAGUCGUAAGGCCAGUUCGGUAGAUAAAAGUGGGAAAUACCGUAGUAAAUCGCGAUAUUCACGAGAUCGUACGCGUUCAAGAACUCGUUCCCGUUCACGUUCUCCAGAACCACUCAGAGAACGAGAUAAAUGGGAUAAAUAUCGAGAACAAAUCAGACGUGCUGAAGAAACGCUUGAUCGUGCAUUAAAGUUUCAUGAAAAAAAUCCAGAGAAGCAUCCGUCUUAUCCUGAUGAAUGGAAAAAGUUUUGGAAUAGACGAUAUAAAGAAUUGCAAGCUGAAGGCAAAGAUCCAAGUAAACAUGACUUUAAACCGGAAUGGAUUGAAUUUUGGAACAAAAGAAUGCGUGAAAUCCAUAAUGAACAAUUACAACAGAGAAAAGAAGAGAUCAGGAAGCGAUUAGAAUUACCGGAAGAUAAACCACCGGAAAAAUGGAUUCCAUCAAACAGACGCGAGAGGUCGCCAAAAAGAAGUCGUCAUCGUGUGGAAAGCGAUGAUGAAGUAGAGUAUGUUGGUACGAAAACGAUUAAAACAGAUUAUUAUGAUCGUCAUGAGAUGAGAGAACGUGAUUACGCGUAUUCUUCAUACAUGCGUGGAAGGGGUAGUAUGUAUAGAAGCAGUUAUUAUCCUCGAGGUAUUCCACCCCGCACAAGACCGAUACAUUACGCAACACCGUACCCAGUAAAAGAUAAAUCUCCAAGUCCAAUGCCAGAUGAAGUAUUAACCGAGGAUUUAGAAGUGGUUGGUUUAUUACGAUUACUUACAGCACUUGAGGGCCAAUUAGGCUCUCUUGGACCGAAAAUAGUAUCUCUUCUUUCAAAAGCGUUAGCUGCAGAAAAGGCGAAACCUAAUUCUGCCGAAGAAUUAUUAUAUGAUGAAGAAGUGAGUGUAUUAUUUGAAACAGUGAAGGAGAAACUAAAGGGUCAGCUAUUCGCAGGAAUGAUAGAAAAAAUGGCGAUAACGCCAACGAAAACUGCGAUACAAAAUAUUGCUCAAUUAUUGCAUAAAGCAACAGAAAAUAAAAAGAAAAUGGAAGAAGAGAAGAAAAAACGGGAAUUAGAAGCUGCUAGAUCGACGAAUUAUUUAUCUAGAACAGUUUAUCCAAGGCCAGUCGAGAUAAUUACACCUGCGAUUAAAUCUGAACCUGUUAGCGUGCCUGGUGUCGGAACUGUAGACAAAGUAGCUAUAGCUCAACAAAUAGCAGCUGCUUUAGUAGCACAAGGUAGAUCUAAUGUAUCACAAGAAGAGCUAGAAACUCUUAUUAAUGCUGUUGUUGGAAUGGCCGAAGCAUCUAAAAAUUCUGACAAACUAGUAACUACUGCAGAUUUUGUUAAAGGAUUAUCAAGUGGUAAUAAUUCUCUUCCUCAGGCUACAUCAGCUGUAUCCACAACUUCAACAACAAUAGAUACAGUGGAACGUCAAACUUCUAGAAUGGAAAGCCUAUCGGAUACAGAUUUGAAAUCGCUUUUACAAAACUUCAAAGACUUAAGUACUCAAGAACAACACGGACUUAUUAAUUUCUUAAAAAAAUUAGAAAUAACUGAUCCAGUUCGAGUAGAAAAAUUAAGAGCAUUCGUUAAUUUAGGUACAACACCAAUAACAUCUACAGCACCAAAAUUAAAAUCUCCAACGCCAGAAAAAGUGGAAAUUACUGCUAAAUCAAAUAGAACUAUUUCACCUUUCUCUAUACGUAAAGGAACUCAAAAUCUUGUGGAGGAAGAAGAUAAAUGGAAGCCUAAGAUAGAUAUGUUUGCAAAUGAUGACGAGGAAGAACAACAAACUAAAAAUGAGAAUGAAGAUAAGAAAACGAAGUUAGAUCUAUCAGAUGACGAUGAUGAUUACACAUUUGAGGAUAUAUAUAAGGCAGCGGACAAAAAUGUUAGCGAGAAUGAAAAAGCAAAGAAAAAAUCACGAGGGUUUUCGAAAUCAUUGUCAAAUUCGCCAAGAUCAUGGACGCGUUCUCAUUCACGUUCGAGAUCACGUUCUCCGGUAAGAUCGAAAGAAUUAACAAAAACCAAUGAUCCAAAUGCAAUUUUAAAUGAAACCAAGCGAUUAAUAGCUAACAUAAUGGGUGAUCUUCCAAAUAAGUAUGUGCCAAAAUCGCACCUGCCAUUAACAAAUGAAAAUACCGAACAAAAUAUGACGAAACCUGUAGAGCCAAUGUCUAAUACAUCGACGGCUCCAGUUUCAAAUUUUUAUAAUCAAGAAUAUGUUCAAAAUAAUCAACAAUCUUGCUCCCGUCCACAAGGACCUUCUUUAAGUUACCCGAACAUGUCCAAUCAACAAUUCCAGAAUUAUCCUUCUCAAGUAUAUAGUGGUAACCAGGGUUACAUGGACAAUAGUUAUAAUUACCAAGGUUACGGUAGUCUAGGAAAUCAGGGUCAAUACAGUGGACCGUCCAUGACAUCGAAUCAAUAUCCGACUCAACAAAAUUAUGAUGGAUCAGCUUAUGCUGGCCCAACUACAGGUCAUUCUAAUUAUCCACAACAACCACAACAGCAACAGUACGGAAAUUAUGUGCAACAACAGCGUUUUUAUUAA